AUGUUCUAUGGGACAGUGUGUUUCACCAAUCACGUUUCUAAGACACAGAGUGGGAAGACCGCGGAUCACCAGCAACUGAGCGUCUGUAUGAGUCGUAGGAAGUGCGGCAACUGUUGCAAACUCCUUGUGGGUUGCAAACAGCAACAAGAAUACCGGUGUGGCUACGUCACGUGUCCUUUGUGUCACCAUUACGUCGAAGCCUUGUCGCAUCGGUGCUUCAUUCAAGUGGCUAAGACUCCCGAGGAAGAACGUGCGGAAUGUCACACCAAAUGAAGACCUGGUCGUCAUCUGCGUGGUGCUGAUGCCGGCUUGGCCACCGUGCACUCCAACAAGGAUGACUUCCAAGGGUACGAUGGUUACUUUGUCGUCGAAGAGUACCAUCGUCAACACCGCAUCAUCCAGCAGUUGAGGAAUGGUGCUAAGUUGUUGCAGGUCACCUUUGAUCGCAUCACCUUUAUAGAUUCUCUCUCCUUCUUCCAAAUGCCGCUUUCCGCCUUUCCCAAGACGUUCGGUCUCACCAAACUCAAGAAGGGGUAUUUUCCGCAUCUCUUCAACACCCUUUCUAAUCAAUCCUACAUCGGACGCAUUCCUGACACUUCCUACUUCAUGCCAGAUAUCAUGUCUGUAUCUGCUCGACGGGACUUUGAGGCGUGGCAUACUUGA